CUCACUGAGUUAGCGUGGACAUGUCUGUGUGAAUGUCCUCUGUGCUGCUGUGGCUCUAACGUUUAUUCAACAUGGAGUCGUCGGACACUUUCCUCAUCAGACCUCAUCAUCAGCACAAAUUUAAACCAGCCGUUGUGAAGGAGUGCAUUCGUGAAAUCGUGAGGGAGCAGCUGUCUGGGGUGCAUUAUGACCCAGAGGAGGUCCCACAGCUGUCCAGAACACUGGCAGACUCUGUCAAGGAAAAAGUGAAGAAUGCUGGAUUUGACAGAUAUAAGCUUGUCGUGCAGGUUGUCAUCGGAGAACAACGAGGACAGGGAGUCAAGAUGUCCUCCAGGUGCUUGUGGGAUGCUGACUCAGACAAUUAUGCAGAAGAUGUUUAUUUGAACGACAGCUUGUUCUGUUUGGUGGUGGUCUUCGGAAGCUAUCAUUACUGAAGACGGGACGGAUUUACCAGGAUUUCCUGACCUUGCAGGAUGAGAGUGGAAAUACUGGCCUCUAUUGUAGAUAAAGUGUAAUGUUGUCGAUCAAAUCAUGUUGGCUUUGACUCCAAAUGGUGUUGAAACGUUUGUUGUCAUGUUGGGUGUGGAAAUCCUCAACAUGUUCAUGAGAUGUUAUUUUUUCUGAAGAACAAAACAGACAUUCACGUGAAAAUGUCAAC